GCGCUUGUUGCGGGGGAGGUCGGAGCCGAGCCGAGGCCAAAGCAGCGACGACGACGCGGUCUCGGUUUGCAUCGUUCGCAUCGACGACGUCGCCAAGUUCCGCGCGAUUGCGGUAUACGCCCAGGUGACUGACUCUGACUCGGGGGGCCGCGGGUGUCUCCUUUCAACCCUCCCCGCUUGGGGGCGGCCCGGCCCCGGGCCCGGCGCGUUCAAAUGCGCGGGUGGCCUCUUUGGCCUGCCCAGUGGCUGCGCAACACUUCUGCCGUCCAGCUACCGAGAGCACCCCGUCAGCGAAGCGCACGUCCGCAGACGACCACCGCUCGACCGUCGCAGAAACGCCGAAGGAAGACCGAGGGAUGGACAGCGUGACGCCAGUGAGGGCAGUCUCCAUAGACUCAGCCUUCGACGGCUCCUUCGCUGCCGGCCCCGACCCGUCCGCGGUCCUGACCCUGUUGUCCGACACCACCAAAGCCACCGUCAUGGCCGUGGACGCGGACACGGGCAAGCUGGCGGAGGCCACCACCGAGACCUCCACCGCCCCGGCCCCCGGCAAGGUCACGGCCUCGGCCACCUCCACCGGCCCCGCGGUCGUCUUCCCGCCGCUGUCCAUGGCGCCGUCCCUGGCCGGUGCGGGUCCGGGGCCGGCGCCCGCCUUCCAGCUGCGCCUGGCCGUGCUGGACCUGUGGUGCCUGCUGGUGCACCUGCGCGAGUGCUACCGCGAGGAGGUGUUCGCCCGCCACCCGCACGGCCCGCUGCUGUCCGCCGCCCGCGCCUUCAUGGGCUGCCUGAGGCGCUUCAUGGUCCAGGAGGACCUCGACUUCCCGGCCUGCGACGCGGCCCGGGCCAGGAAGCGGCGGUUCGCGCGCCGGGACGCCGAGGAGCGCGGCCUGGAGCUCGACGAGCACCUCAGCGACCUGUGCCACGUCCUGGGCGCCACGCGCAGCUACCUCAAAGGGCUGACCCCGGCCCAGCGCGCCGGCCUCGGCCCGCUCCACAUCGCCGUCGAGCUCUUCCUGUCCAUCCUCAAGGAGGAGAUGGACUUCUUCAACGAGAUGAAAGAGUACAACCUGUCCGCCGUCUUCAAGUGCAGGCACAGCGCGUGACGUGUAAACUCGAACAUAAAUCAAUAAAAUAUUGAAAAAAA